AUGGGCGUUUUCUCCAAUCUCCGAGGACCCAAAAUUGGAUCGACCCACGAAGGAUUACCCGUAGCCAAUGCCUCCUCUUCGUCCCCUUCCUCUCUCCGGCGCAAAGUUUCCAGCUUUUUGCCAAUCUGCGUGGCCAUCGUCGUCCUCGUCGAGAUCGCGUCUAUGGGUCGCCUCGAUAACGCCUCUUUGCUCGAUACAUUAACGGGCUUUUUCGCCAAGUCGCCUUCGGACAAGCAAUCUCCGACUAAAUCGUCCGGUUUGAAGAAUGUGUCGGGAAUGGAGAGGUGCGAGGAGUGGUUGGAGAGAGAGGAUACAAUGAGUUACGCUAGGAAUUUCAGUAAAGAUCCCAUCUUUAUCUACGGUGGUGACAAGGACUUUGAAUCGUGCUCAGUUGAUUGCGCAAUUGGAAUGAAAUCAAAUAAAACCCCAGAUGCAGCGUUUGGAUUAAGUCAUCAACCUGGAACACUCAGUAUACUACGUUCCAUGGAAUCAGCAAGAUACUACCUUCAGAACAAUCUUGCUCAGGCACGACGGAAGGGUUAUGAUAUUGUGAUGACAACUAGUCUGUCAUCAGAUGUUCCCGUUGGGUACUUCUCAUGGGCGGAGUAUGAUGUUAUGGCUCCAGUGCAGCCAAAGACCGAGAAAGCUCUUGCUGCUGCUUUCAUUUCCAAUUGUAUUGCUCAGAAUUUUAGGCUGCAAGCUCUUGAAGCCUUGAUGGAGGCGAAUGUUACGAUUGAUUCUUAUGGUACUUGUCACCGGAACCGUAAUGAGAGAGUGGAGAAGGUUGAAGCUCUUAAGCAUUAUAAGUUCAGUCUAGCUUUUGAGAACACCAACGAGGAGGAUUAUGUCACCGAGAAGUUCUUCCAAUCUCUUGUCGCUGGGUCUGUCCCUGUGGUUGUUGGUGCUCCAAAUAUUCAAGAAUUUGCACCAUCUCCUGAUUCAAUCCUUCACAUUAAACAGAUGACUGAUAUAGAGCCAGUUGCAAAGAGAAUGAAAUAUCUUGCAGAUAAUCCUGACGCUUAUAAUAUGAUGCUAAGAUGGAAACAUGAAGGCCCUUCAGAUUCUUUCAAGGCACUUGUUGAUAUGGCUGCUGUACACUCCUCUUGCCGUCUCUGCAUUUUCGUGGCUACAAGGAUCCGUGAGCAAGAAGAGAAGAGUCAUGAGUUCAAGAAACGACCCUGCAAAUGCACCAGAGGCUCAGAGACAGUUUAUCAUUUGUUUGUUAGAGAACGAGGCACGUUUGAUAUGGAAUCCAUCUUUUUAAGGGAUGGUGAUCUGACUCUGGAAGCUUUGGAAUCUGCGGUUCUCACAAAGUUUAAGUCUCUUAGACAUGAACCGAUAUGGAAGAAGGAAAGGCCCGCGAGCUUAAGGGGAGAUGGUGUGCUUAGAGUACACGCAAUGUACCCGCUUGGUCUGACUCAAAGACAAGCCCUUUACAACUUCAAAUUCGGAAAAAACUCAAGUCUUAGUACUCACAUACAGAGUAACCCUUGUCCCAAAUUCGAAGUUGUAUUUGUCUAAGUUUUUUUAUUCAGACCUGGUUAAGUUGAAAGAUAAAAGUGUAUCUUCAAAAAAAAAAUAUAUAACAAUUUGUUUAUUUGUCUUGUUUGGUUCAUAUCUUCAAGAAGAUUGUGUAGAGACACUAACAUCUUCACAUCAGCUUUAACAGAGUUAAAAAAUAUUGCAUGGAUC